AUGCUAUUUACACAGGAGGAGCUAGUCAAUCUAGUACAAAGCCAAGUAGAUAGGAGCAUAGAGAAAAAGGUGCGUGAAAUACUAUCGGAGAUAACCUUUAAAACCAUCUCCACCAGCAUGAAAAUAGAAACAGCUAUUUACUACAUACUGAAAAAGAUAAACAUACGCAAGAUACUGGAGACUGUCGGAGUAGAAGAAAAUGCACUGCAGUACGUAGAGGGAUGUCUGUACAAUGUGCCCAUUCCUUCAGAAACGAAAAUUGAAAUUGUAAACGCUCUAGAGCGCAGCGGAGAUGGAAAUGACUCAGACAGCGAGGAAAAUACUCCACUCGCCCCGCCCUCUCUCGAUGCUAUAUACCACUAUCUGGCGCGCGAGAUAUAUAAAGCAUGCGAUGAGUACCAGAAGCCGCUCCCUGAGAACAACACACAUAUGCAUCAGGUGCUGUUUAACACUUCUGUCAGGUAUUCGGACACACUGGGGCCGCUUGCCCUUUUUAUAGACUACACUGUGUGGAAUCUGAUAUCCAGGUUUCUCUACACCUUCUACAAUGACAUAGAAGUCCUUCCGCUAGUUCACAUGUACUCUGAAAUGGGCCCCCUGGCAGUCGAUGUCUUUUUAAUGCAGCAGCUGGAUGUGCUAGAUCUUCUCAUGGAAAGAGCAAAAAAAGAGUCAGUGCCAGAGACUGAGCUGUACUUUGUUCUGAGAAAUAUCAAAAGCAUCCACUACCACUGGAAAAGCAUAAUCGAUAUAGAGUGUCUGGGGCAUACCCUAGACUGGGCCACUGUAGUGGCUAGAAAGUGCGUGAUGAACUCCAAGGCUUUGCCAAACAAUGCAAAAAAAACAGUUCUCAAAUCACCUAUUGAUCCGAUUCCUCUUGACACUCUGAUGAGAGAGUUUGAGUAUGAUGUAAUUAUGCUCUCUUCUGGGCAUAAAAUGCGCCACGACCUGGAUCUGAUAGAAAGAGCAAAACACAGAGAGUAUGCAAGAAAUCUUUUGCUAGCUAUCCAGCCCACAAGAAAAAAAGUGUUUAUGUAUAAGGCCAUCAACUACACGAUAAAAGUGUUCUCUGCACUGUUUAUUGGAAUAUCUUUUGCUCUGUUUCUGAACAGAUCUCUUGUAGACGGAAAGACCAAUCAGGUGGGAAAUUCCUAUCUAACAAACUCGACGAGAACUCUGAAUGCAAUAGCCCUGAUAUGCAUCAUCGUCUUCAAUGCAAUCAUUCUGCAAAAACAGUCUUUUGCAGACUGCAAACACAGCAUACUUUCUCUGCUAGAAAAAGAAAGCGACAAGCUUCUCCUUAAAAUAUCUGUGAUUGGUCUAACUUUCACUGCCCUUUUCUAUGUUCAGCCUGUUCUAUACACUCUGUGGAUUUUUAAGUAUGGAAUGUACCUUACAUGUGCUGUCGCACUGGCUGCUACUUUGCUAGACCAGUUUAUCAGACCAAGAAACACAUUUGGAUGCAACCAAUGGAGCACGUCGAUCUGUACUAUUUUUUAUAUUAUAUCUAUUGCAUUCAUGGCGUAUACUAUUUACAGAUUUACGCCCCAUGACAUUAAUUUAUAUAUGGUAUAA